AUGGAUUGGCUAGCAGUUAAUAAUGCUACGCUAGAUUGUGCCAGGAAGUUAGUGUCUUUGUUAGUGUCGUUGGCAGGAACUAGUUCUACUGAGCAACUUAGGUUCCUAUCAGUUGUGCAAGCUGAGAAGCUAAUCAAGAAAGGGUGUGACUCCUACAUAGUAGUUUGUGCUACCAGCAGCAUGUAUGACGGUGGUAUUGAGAAAAUUAGAGUGGCCAGUGAAUUUCAUGAGAUAUUUUCUGAGGAGAUGUCUGGAUUACCUCCGAAAAGAGAAGUUGAAUUCUCAAUAGAUUUGGUUCCUGGUACAGAAUCAAUUUCUAAAGCCCCUUACCGGAUGUCACCCUCAGAGUUGAAUGAAUUGAAGAAGCAGAUUGAGGAUUUGCUUAACAAAUGA